CGUAUGGUAUAUAAAAAAGAUCGAGUAAAUUAAUUAAUAAUAAUUAUAAUAAUAAAUGACUAUGUAAAAAAUCAAUUUUUGUCAUUAAAUUUUUUUAAAUUGCAUCGAUGCUUUAUUAUCCAUAUUGGUACUGAUAUAUUGGACAGUAGCUGAUUAGCUUUAUGACAGUUUGAAGGAUUUUUAUCGAACCAUUUUUUUUAAAUAUCAAUUUGAACACUGAACAGUAUUUUUUUAAUAACAUUAUCAAUAAUGUAUUUUAUUGUAUAAAAUAAGAUAAUGUACGAAGGUUAGAUAAUUCAUACUUUUUUAUAAAAUUGUAUCCUUCUGGAAUAUUUGGCAGCAAUCAACUACUGAAAACAUGAUACAACGAGCUCCUAAUCUUCUGAAAUUUCUUCAAAAUAUUAAUUAUUAUAACAAAGAAUGUUUAUAUAUGUUUCAAGUGGGAUAUGCAAAAAGACAUACUAGUACUUUGAUAACAUAUAAUUAUAAUAUAGGAGGUAAAUUGCAUAGAAUUGCAAAUCCUCAAAAGAUUUUUAAUGCAAAAAAAAGAGAACAUUCACAAAAAUGGAGGUGGAUUUUUGUUACAAUGUCCAAGCCAAUAUCUGUCAUAGCAAAAGUACAAAAAGAAGAUACAGGAAAGAUAAAUAAACAAUCAGAAAAUAAUGUACAACAAACAAUAAUAGAAUUAAAAGAAGAAAAUUUGGGACAAUUGAAAGAAAGAAAGUUAGAUGUUAAACCUGAUGAAGCUAAAGAAGGCCAACAAAAUUUGAAGACAGAAGCUAAAAAGAAAAAGAUGGAUAAAAAAGUAUCAUCUUUAGAACGUAAUUUUAUUACACCAGUUAGAGCUAUGUCUGAUUUUUUAUUGAAACCAUCUGAUCUUGAAAAUCUACCAAAGACAAAAAGAAGAUCACCUUAUGAAUUUGAACCUCCAAUUACUGUUUAUUGGAGAAAAGAUGUAGAAGCUAAAGCAAUAGAAGUUUGGGGAUCACGAGAAAUUUUAGAAAAAGAACUUCUUAAAAAAGAACUUGAACGGAAAGCAUAUCAGCAAAAUAUAUUUACUGUCAAACGAAGAUUAAGAGAUUAUAGACGAGAAAUGGGUAGUAAAACCCAAAUUUUUGAACAAGAAGGCCUUCUUGGAAGAUCUGGUAAAGUGGUUUUAACUGCUAUUGCCAUAAAUGGUUGUAAUUUUUUAUUUAAAUUGUGUGCUUGGUUGUACACUGGUUCGCACAGUAUGUUUUCAGAAUGUGUACAUUCUGCUGCAGAUACAUGUAAUCAGUUAAUAUUAGCAUAUGGUAUUCAUAAAUCAGUACAAACUCCUAACCCUGAUCAUCCAUAUGGUUAUACAAAUAUGAGAUAUGUAUCUUCUUUAAUAUCUGGUGUUGGUAUCUUUUGUGUUGGAACUGGUCUAUCGAUUUAUCAUGGAAUCCAUGGUCUUUUUUAUCCUUCGCCAAUAGAAUCCUUUUAUUGGGCAUAUUUUAUAAUAUUUGGUUCUUUAGUAUCAGAAGGAGCAACUUUAUUAGUAGCAAUACAAUCAAUAAAAAGAGGAGCGGAAGAAAAACGACAGACAUUUAAAGAAUAUGUAUUAGCAGGACAAGAUCCAUCCGUGAAUGUUGUACUCACGGAAGAUUUAGCAGCGGUGAUUGGUCUUGUAUGCGCAGCCGCCUGCAUGGGUUUAACUUCUCUUUUAGAAAAUCCAAUGUUUGACGCAAUUGGAUCUCUUUUGGUUGGUGGUCUACUUGGUGCAGUAGCUGGAUUUAUAAUACAUACAAAUGCUGCUGCUUUAAUUGGAAGAAGCAUAUCUCAAGAAGAUCUUGACAAAAUUAACGCGGAAUUGGAAUCGGAUAUAAUGGUUCGAGCAAUUUAUGACGUUAAGGGUAUCGAUAUGGGUAAUAAUUUAGUUCGGUACAAGGCUGAAUUAGAUUUUGAUGGAAGAGAAUUAACAAGAUCUUAUUUAGAGAAACAUGAUCUUGUCGUAAUGUUAAAGGAAGUAACAGGCAUGACAGAUAUAAAAGAAUUGGAAGCAUUUAUGUUAAAACAUGGAGAAGCUAUUGUAGAUAUGCUUGGUGGAGAAAUAGAUAGAAUGGAACUGAAUUUAAAGAAAAAACAUCCAGAGAUUCGACAUUGCGACUUGGAAAUUUUGUAAAUGUUUCUACACAAUAAAACAGAACUAAUAAAUUAAACGUAAACUUUAAUGUAAAUAAUGUUUUAUAAAAUUUGCGCAAUGUAUCGUAUUUACUUUGUUGUAUUUACAUAAUAUUUAUAUAGAUAGUAUGCUUAUUUUUCUUUAUAUACCAAAAAAAAAGCUAAAUAAAUGAA